UUUUCACUGCUCUGUGUUGAGCAGACGAAUGUACAGGUUUUAGAAGCGUGAAGGAUUGUGGUCUUGUACUUGCAUGGUACUUGUUUGACAUUUUUUGUGAAGUCCGUUGAUUUAUUCAGUUAACUACGAUUAGAUCUAUUUACACUAUCGGAAAAUGCCCAAAACAAAGAAAUUUAUAGACAAGAAAAAUGCAGUCACCUUCAACUUGGUACAUCGAAGUCAAAAGGAUCCUCUUGCCGCUGACGAGCAGGCUCCUCAAAGAGUUCUAGUUCCAAUUGCUCUGAAACCAGAAAAAAGUACUGAAAUCCCUGCAUCCUCUAAACCAAAGGAUCCUGCCCAACAGAAAGAAGAACUAGCUAAACUUGGAAUAUACUUUGAUGAUGAUUAUAAUUACCUGCAGCACUUGCGUGAUGUUAAACAAACUGCUGAAUGGGAACUGGCAGAAGAUUCUAAAAAUUCAAGAGUCUGGAAAGCACCAGUUGCCAGAGGACUUUCAGACCAUCCCUACAAACUUGCCCUGCCCUCCUCAGUUUUCCAAUCAAAAGUGGAAGAAAAAGUUGGACUACUAAAUAGAGCUGCUCCCCACUCAGGACCGAGGCCGGACUUGGACCCAGACAUAGUUGCAGCUUUGGACGACGACUUUAAUUUCGAUGAUCCUGAUAAUGAACUAGAAGAUGACUUUAUUGCAUUUGCUAAUGGAGUACCUUCUGACGUUGAAACAGACGAAGAUGAUGGCUCCAGUGGUGACGAUGAAGAAGAAAACGACGACGUAUUGUGUGACAUGCGAAGCGACUCAGGACAACGUUCACCCGAUUUCAAUGACGAUAACAAAUCGCAUUUUACUGAAUAUUCGAUGACCAGUUCAGUUAUCAGAAGAAAUGCCCAGCUCUCGUUACUAGACGACAGAUUUGAACAUAUGAUGGCUCAGUAUGACGACGAAGAAAUGGGCGCUUUAGAUUGCGAAGAGAUCGAAGGACACAUCACCUUACAAGACGAUGAAGUGUUGAAAUUGGCUGCGGCCUAUGAACAUGACAAGACAGAAGGCAUCAGAUUGGGUCGUGAAAUUGGCAAAGUAGCAAGAGACGAGGUGGAAGGAGCUGUAGAAAGGUACUUGGAAAAGUACCAGAGCGACGAAGAAAAUGACAGCAGUUCAAGUGAAGAAGGUGAACAGGAACGUAAAUGGGAUUGCGAGUCUAUCCUGUCAACUUACUCUAACAUUUACAAUCAUCCUAAACUCAUUUCUGAACCACAGAGUUCCAGAAUUAUUAAAGUGUGUCCCAAAACAGGUGUUCCCCUUAAUGUCCUGGGGAAACCCGGUCUGACCAAAAAGUUCUUAGAUCAACUCGAUCAACAAACUGAAGGGACCAAAAAGAACUGUGUCGAAACGCAGUCCAUCAUCAGCACAUUAUCGACUAUAUCCAUUCGACCAAAAGAUGAAACACCAGAGCAGAGAACCGAAAGGAAGCGACUUGUAAAAGAAUAUCGUCAAGAAAGAAGAAAGGAAAAGAAAGCCAACUCGUUAGCUUUCAAAGAAGAAAAGAAACUACAAGAAAAACAACAUAUAAACAACCGUAAAAAUGUUAGUGGCAUUAAAUUGUUGUAGUGGUUUUUUCAAACUUCGAAUACAUCGCCAGAUGUACAUUCACCACGA